UGAGGGACGCCGAGGGCGUGCUGCGCCGGUACCAGCGGGUGCUGCGGACGUUCCAGCGGCUGCGCUCCAUGAGCCCUGUGAGGGACGCCGAGGGUGUGCUGCGCCGGUACCAGCGCGUCCUGCGGACGUUCCAGCGGCUGCGCUCCAUGAGCCCUGUGAGGGAUGCCGAGGGUGUGCUGCGCCGGUACCAGCGGGUGCUGCGGACGUUCCAGCGGCUGCGCUCCAUGAGCCCUGUGAGGGACGCCGAGGGCGUGCUCCGCCGGUACCAGCGGGUGCUGCGGACGUUCCAGCGGCUGCGCUCCAUGAGCGGCGCGUUCCGGCACCACCGCGUCGACCGCAACACGGUGGCCCUGACGACGCCGAUCGCGGAGCUUCGCCUCGUGGCCCCCGAGAAGCUGCGCGAGGUGGGCGAGUUCGACCCCGCCAAGGAGCGGCUGCUCGACUACUCCCGGCGCUGCUUCCAGGCCCUGGACCCCGAGACCCUGCGCAAGGUGCAGGCCCUGAAGCAGAGCAAGCUGCUGCUGCCCAUCACCUACCGCUUCAAGCACUGAGGGACCCCCGAAUGGGG